GCGAUGCUGCUGCGCCUGCUGCUGGCCUGGGCGGCCGCGGUGCCCGCGCUGGGCCAGGACUCCUGGGACGCCGAGCCCCGCGCCGCCUGCGGUCCCGGCAGCUGCUACGCGCUCUUCCCGAAACGCCGCACCUUCCUGGAGGCCUGGCGGGCCUGCCGGGAGCUGGGGGGCGACCUGGCCACGCCACGGACCCCCGAGGAGGCCCGGCGCGUGGACAGCCUCGUGGGCGCUGGCCCCACCAACAAGCUGCUGUGGAUCGGGCUGCAGCGGCAGGCCCGGCAAUGCCAGCAGCAGCGCCCGCUGCGCGGCUUCACGUGGACCACGGGAGACCAGGACACGGCCUUCACCAACUGGGGCCAGGCUGCCCAGUUAGGGCCCUGCCCGGCCCAGCGCUGUGUGGCCCUUGAGGCUAGUGGUGAGCAUCGCUGGAAAGAGGGCUCGUGCACGCUGCCCGUGGAUGGCUACCUAUGCCAGUUUGGCUUCGAGGGAGCCUGCCCGGCGUUGCCAGAUGAAGCUGGCCAGGCCGGCCCAGCUGUCUACACCACCCCCUUUCACCUGGUCUCCACCGAGUUCGAGUGGCUGCCCUUUGGUUCUGUGGCCGCCGUGCAGUGCCAGGCUGGCAGGGGAGCCUCUUUGCUCUGCGUGAAUCAGCCUGAGGGUGGUGUGGGCUGGUCCCAGACUGGGCCCCUCUGCCCAGGGACUGGCUGUGGCCCAGACAACGGGGGCUGUGAUCACGAGUGUGUGGAGGAGGAGGAUGGUCAUGUGUCCUGCCGCUGCUCCGAGGGCUUCCGGCUGGCAGCAGAUGGGCACAGUUGUGAGGACCCUUGCGCUCAAGCCCCUUGCGAGCAACAGUGUGAGCCUGGUGGGCCACAAGGCUACAGCUGCCACUGUCGCCUGGGCUUCCGACCAGCAGAGGAUGAGCCCCACCGCUGUGUGGACACGGAUGAAUGCCAGAUCGCGGGUGUGUGCCAGCAGAUGUGUGUCAACUAUGUUGGUGGCUUUGAGUGCUAUUGCAGUGAGGGUCACGAGCUUGAGGCGGAUGGCAUCAGCUGCAGUCCCGCAGGGGCCAUGGGCGCCAGGGCUUCCCAGGACCUUGGUGAUGAACUGCUGGAUGAUGGGGAGGAAGAGGAUGAAGAUGAGGCCUGGGAGGUCUUCGAUGGUGGCUGGACAGAGAUGCCUGGGAUCAUGUGGAUGGAGCCUACACAGCCUCCAGAUUUCGGCCUGGCCUAUAGACCCAGCUUCCCAGAGAACCGAGAGCCCAGGAGACCCUACCCUGAGCCCACCUGGCCACCCCCGCUCAGUGCCCCUAGGGUUCCCUACCAAUCCUCCGUGCUCUCUGCCACUGGGCCCAUGGUAGUUUCUGCUACACGCCCCACACUGCCUUCUGCCCGCCAGACCCCUAUUAUCUCUGCCCAUCAGCCCCCCUUGGCCCCUGCCACACGCCCUGCUGUGCCCCCUGACCACCAGCUCCCCAUGAUUGAGACCAACUAUCCAGAUCUGCCCACUGCCCACCGGCCCCGAAUUAACUCUGUCACUUACCCAGCACAGCCCCCUGCCCAUCAGCCUCCCAUGUUCUCAGCCAAAUAUCCCAAACUGUUCCCUGGCCACCACUCCCCCAUGUUUCCAAAUACCCAGGUAUCAGAUACCCAGACCACCACUCAUUUUCCUGGAAUCCCGUCUAACCCUGUCCCUCUUGACACCACCCCCAGUGCCCAUCAGUCCCCUCUGGCCCCAGAUGUUCUAGUUCUUAGAACCCAGGCUCCCCAGCUGUCCAUCAUCCCUACUGUCCAGCCUUCUCUGCUCCCCACCUCCAGGUCCCCUGUGACCCCUGCCUAUCAAGUCCCUGUGCCUGCUGUCACCCAAUCCCCAGCUCUCUCCACUCCCCUCCCUCCUCAGACCCCUCCUAACCAGACCUCACCCAUCAUCCCUGCACAUCCCCAUUCCAAAGCCCCCCAGGUCCCAAGGGAAGGGGGCUCCAGUCCCAAGUUGGCCCCAUGGCUGCCCUCAGUGGCACCUACAGCAGCCCCAACACCCUUGGCAGAGGCUGGUCUGGCAGGUCGAAGCCAGAGGGAUGACCGAUGGCUGCUGGUGGCACUCCUUGUGCCCACAUGCGUCUUCUUGGUUGUCCUGCUUGCACUGGGCAUUGUGUACUGCACCCGCUGUGGCCCCCAUGCACCCAACAAGCGUAUCACUGACUGCUAUCGCUGGGUCACCCAUGCCGGGAGCAAAGGCCCAACGGAACCCAUGCCCCCCAGAGACAGCCUCACAGGGGUACAGACCUGCAGAACCAGCGUGUGAUGGGGCACAGAUGUCCCCUGCAGGGUAGGGGGAAGGGACAUGCGCUGGACACAUGGCUGGGGCUGCACCAGAGACCCAUGGGGGGCUAUCCGGCUGGACAGAAGGCUUCCUGCUCACUGGGCUCAGCACUCAUGGCAGAGGACACACCAAGGCCCUCAGGACCUCAGGGGGUGGGUGCUGGGAUCU